AUCCGCGUACAAAACGCCGUUGAGAAUGACUCUGCAACUCCAUACACACCCUCCUGGAACCACAGUACAGUACUGGCUGAAACCCUUGCAAAAUUUUGUGCCAGUUUUGGCAAAUGAGGCUUUCUAUUAUGCCCUCACAAUCUUACAGCUUGGACCGACAGCACUACAUUUUGCAGCUGGGAAUGGUCACUCUGAGGUUGUCAAACUACUGCUGAGAGCUGGAGCUACAGACACACCUAAUCAGGAUGGCAAAAGAGCUCUGGACAAGGCCAGAGCUAACAGCCACAGAGAAGUGGAACAGUUGCUUCACUGAUCCCACGAACCUCCAUUAGGACAAAUAAUUAGAUAAUAGCUAUUCCUAAGAUGUUUUUUUUGCUGUUUGUAAAGUCUUUUGCCACAAUAAUAAUUAUUAGAGAGUCGGUAGACUCUCUAUAUAGGGAU